AGUCUAAGGAGCUGACAAAAGUCAACACAAGAGUCAAAGAUUUAACUUAAAGCAGUGAAACCCUCCUAAGAUGAAGACAUUCAGUGUUGCAGUUGCAGUGGCCGUCGUGCUCACCUUUAUCUGUAUCCAGGAGAGCUCUGCUGUCCCUGUCACUGAAGUGCAGGAGCUGGAGGAGCCAAUGAGCAAUGACAGUCCAGUUACUGAACAUGAGGAGACAUCAGUGGACUCGUGGAAGAUGCCGUACAACAACAGACAGAAGCGCGGUGUUAAGUGUAAAUUUUGCUGCGGCUGUUGCACCCCCGGCGUCUGCGGAUUGUGCUGCAGAUUCUGAGGAAUUCUGAUGCAACAACUUUUGCAAAAUUCAGAUGUUCCUAGAUUUCAUCUUGUGCUAAACAUCUGAUACUGCAGUUUAUUAUCACAAUACACUUGAACGUCACUAUGAAAGUGUUUGAAAGUGUUUUAAUUACAAAUAUAAGUAAACCUU